UAUAUAUAUAUAUAUAUAUCGACGUAUCUGACAAGAGAGUGUAGGGAACGCAUGUACGACAAGUUGCAGCCGGGGGUCGUGAUGGGGCUGGCGUGGACGGCCAUGGGCGGGUCGUCGCUGUAUAUUGAAACCACGACCGUGCAAACCAAAGGAGGCAAGGGCAGUUUGGUCACCACGGGUCAGAUGGGCAGUGUCAUGGAGGAAAGCACUAAGAUUGCGCACACAUUUGCUCGACACAAGUUGGAACAGCUCGAGCCCGACAAUGCCUUCUUUGAAGCCGACUUGCACUUGCAUGUGCCCGAAGGUGCCACUCCCAAGGACGGUCCAUCAGCUGGCUGCACGAUGGUCACUGCGCUGCUGUCGUUGGCAUUGGACAAACCUGUGAAAUCCGAUCUGGCCAUGACGGGCGAGCUGUCGCUGACGGGCAAGGUACUUCCCGUGGGCGGGAUCAAAGAGAAGACAAUCGCCGCGCGUCGGUCUGGCGUCACGACCCUCGUGCUGCCCUUUGGCAACCAAAAGGACUUUGAAGAGUUGCCAGACUACUUGAAGCAAGGACUGGACGUCCACUUUGCCACUGUCUAUGACGACGUGUACAAAGUGGCGUUGGAUUACUAGAUGUGUACAGUAGUCCCCCGCAAUAGGGAACCCACAGUAAAUCAAUAUCCUCGCAAAAUAUAUUCUUUCACAAGAUGGUGCAAAAUAAAUUUAAAGAGGCUGAU